AUGGUAAAUCAAGCAUUGACAUUUGGUGGCGGUGGAACGUCUUACGGCACAACGGUUGAUAACAACAACAAAACCCCAGAGUCCGUACCGCUCGUGCUCAAGCCUUCGCAGUCGUCGCCACCGCGACGACUAACGCAGUGGUACACCAAUAUGUGCAUGAUCAACUUCUUAGAGUUUGCGACUGAAUCCGCACGCGGAAUUGUGCUCCCGACGCUGUUCUUGUACACGUCAUCGCUCGGUGGUGACCUGGCUUUCAUGGGGUUUAUCAACGCGCUUUUCUCGCUUGGUCGUCUCUUCUCGUCUACCGCAUUCGGUUGGAUGUGCGACCGCUACUCCUUCCGCUCCGUCUACCUCAUUUCAACCUUUAUCUGCCUCAUAGGCAACGUUAUCUACCUACUUGCCGACAAGCACAUGGCCAGCAGCUUAACUGCACUGGCUGCAAGUCGGUUUAUCGUGGGAUUCGGCGGUGGUAACCGCAGCGUGUGCCGCGCGGAUGUUGCGUCUAUCACGACGAUCAACCAACGUCUGCCGUACCUUACGAUCCUAGUCUGUGUCGUGUUCUUGGGCUACGCACUGACGCCUGGGCUCGGUAGUAUCGUGGCUGAAACUGAUUUGAUCUUCUGCGGCUUACACUUGAACAAGUUCACAUCCCCCGGCAUGAUACUAGUCUUGCUGAACAUACUAACAAUCUUUGGCAUCCUCACGAUAUACGACGACAGCGUCACGGUGCAGGAUGGACCGAAAGAAGAGGAGUCCGAGGACGGUUUGACGAGCAACACGAUCAACGACCAGACGCUGUUGCCGGACCGGAUCGUGAACAUUGGUGUCUGCGUGUUCAUCUUCCUAAAUUUCAACACGCGUGGUAUAUUGUCUGUUUUCGAGACCGUAAACGUGCCGCUGUUUAUCAAAGCAACGGGCAGUGACCCGGACAGCGUCAGCGCCGUAGUCGACGCGUCAAAUUUCCAGUUUUAUCUGGGUUUGCUGGGCCUGCUGUCAUACUUUGCCAUUGAGUAUUUUCGCCACAACAUCCGCGACGAGAACUGGGUACAUUUGGGCUUUGCCACGGUGCUAGCGGGUAAUCUUCUGCUGGUCAUCGUGCCCAAUGGCUUGUCAUUCACACAGCUGUCGAUUGCCGAAUUCUUGGUGUGGAGUGUGGGUUGUCCUAUAUCGACCACAGUAGUGCUUGCAGCGUUCUCGAAAUUACUUGGCGGGCGUCCACAAGGAACGCUAAUGGGUCUUCUCGGCUCAACGGCAUGUAUCUCACGCUGUAUACUGCCGCUUCUCCCCGCCAUAAUGCCGACUCUGAUUCCGGUAUUUUGGAUCAACAUUGUGCUUUGCGCAAGCAGCAUUGCGCUUCUUGGGUGGUAUACUGGUCUGGUACACCGAACAAAGCAAACGAUGCUGGCAGACGUCGAGAACGCGUACCAAAAGGUAGCACCUUCGAACGAACCGCGAUCACCACUUGGUUUUGAUAAGGCGGACUAG